GCGGUAGUGUCAUGGCGGCCAGAGCAUCGUCUCUUGCACUGUUAGUGCUCCUGGCGCUUUGCCUAGUGCCUCACGCAGUCUCUCGUAUGAACCGUGGAGCAGUCGCUGAGCUUGAGGCAACCUCCUCCUCCUCCUCCCCCGUGUCAUCCGGGCAUGGCCACGGGUACCCGUGCGACGCCGCCGUCGGCGUCCGCGUUCCCCACGAUCGCAUCUGCGAUCGGGACCGCUGUGGCGCGCUGUGCGUGGAGCUAUUCAUGUGGAAGUACCCGGACAUCAAGGCCGCCUUUGGCGACUGCCCGCCGGAAGAUCCACACAAAUGCAUCUGCUCUUUUUUUUGUUGAGGAUGGUCUCCUUUUCACAGCCAACGGCAGAUUGGUAUACCCGGUAGCGGACCCAGAAUUCUUAGGCCAGGGCAGGUUAGCGCUGAAUUUUUCAUAUGAAUUUUAGACUAGGCUGGGAUUUGUUUGCUAUGAUGUAUAAGCUGUUGGGAAAUCACCCCUAGUAACCGAUGAGGCAAACAAAACUUGAUGAUCAUUCAUUUCUUUCCUAUUUUUUCUUUUCUGAAAUAUGU